GUGGACCCAGUCUCCAGUGGGACUGCAGGGACCGUAUCACCACAACUCCAUGACGCAGCCAGGGCUUGUGUUCUCAGCUCUGCCUCUCAGAUGUGAUGGCUGCCAUAGCUCUGUCCUGGCGUCUGUCUCUCUGCCUCCUCCUUCUGGCCCUGGCUACAUCUUGGGGGUCUACAGCGGCAAAGGACCGUCCCCAUCUUAAGUGCUUUUACAACUCAAGAGCCAACAUCUCCUGCCUGUGGAGAGAGGAAGACACCCAUCUCGGCCCCCAGGUCACAUCCUGCAAUGUUAGUGCCAGGUCGGACACCAGGAACUGGAACCACAUCUGCAAGUUUUAUCUGGAGGGGCAGGCAUCCUGGGCCUGCAACCUGGUGCUUGGGAAGCCAAAUUCCCAGAAACUGACUGCCGCAGAUGUCCUCAACAUGAGCAUGGUUUGCUUGGAAGGGAAGGGCUGGAGCAUGGUGGAGACCUACAAUUUUCAUCCCUUUGAGAACCUUCGCCUGUUGGCCCCUCAUUCCCUCCGAGUCCUGCACACUGAAGCCCACAGAUGCAACAUAAGCUGGGAGGUCUCCGAGGUCUCUCACUACAUUGAAAAAUAUUUGGAAUUUGAGGCCCGUAAACGUUCUCUUGACCAGAGCUGGGAGGAUGUACGCCUGCUAAGCCUCAAGCAGUGGCAGCAGUGGCUCUGCCUGGAGACGCUUUCUCCUAACACUUGGUAUGAGCUUCAGGUGCGGGUCAAGGUCCAACCAGUUAAACCCAAUACCCGGAGUACCUGGAGCCCCUGGAGCCAGCCCCUGGCCUUUCGGACAAAAGCCUGGACAGAUCCCGGGGAGAAGACUCUUCCCCUAGCAUGGCUCAGACACCUUCUCCUGGGCCUUGGCUGUGGUUUAGGCUUCUUGGUGUGUGUCUGCCUUUUGAUCAAGUGCCCGUACCUUGGGCCAUGGCUGAAGAAGGCGCUCAAGUGCCAUAUCCCAGAUCCCUCCAAGUUCUUCUCCCAGCUGAGCUCCCAGCAUGGAGGAGACCUUCAGAAAUGGCUCUCCUCGCCCAUGCCCUCAUCCUCCUUCAGCCUCACCGGCCCUGCCCCUGAGAUCUCUCCGCUGGAAGUGCUUGACCGAGACACCAAGGCCAUGCAGCUGCUCAUGCUACAGCAGGACAAGGUCCCCUUAUCCUCCCCAGGCGGCCACUCACAGGGCAGCUGCUUCACCAACCAAGGCUACUUCUUCUUCCAUCUGCCCGACGCCUUGGAGAUUGAAUCCUGCCAGGUGUACUUCACCUAUGACCCCUGCACAGAGGAAGAUGUGGAGGAAGACGGGCCAGGGCUGCCCGAGGGAUCUCCCCUCCCCCCUCUGCUGCCCCUGGCAGGAGAACAGGGUGACUACUGUGCCUUCCCUCCCAGGGAUGAGCUGAUGCUCUUCUCCCAGAGCCUGAGCUCCCCCAGCGAUGCCUAUGGGGGCAGCACAGAGCCUGAGGAAAGGCCUCCCCUCUCCCUGCAGGAGGGACUUCCCACCCUCUUGGCCCCUGACCUGAUGGGCUCACAGCGCCCUCUGGAGCUGGUGCUGGAAGGGGAUGGAGAGGGGCUGUCUGCCCAUAGCUCUGGGGAGCAGGACGGUGUCCCUGAAGGCGGCCUUCAUGGGCAAGGUCAGGACAGACGCCAGGGCCCUGCCCUGGCUCUGAACACUGAUGCCUACCUGUCUCUUCAAGAACUGCAGGCCCAAGAGCCAGUGCACCUGGUAUAGACAGGUGGGCAGGAUGGAGAUCCAGCUGCCUGGGUCAGGUCAGGCUGGAGGGAGACUGGUUGAGGGUUCUCCCGAGGACAGUCCACUGUGGACGACCGUCCCUGGUAAUCCCUACCCCCAAACCUAGUCAUCCACUUCUCAGCUCCACUUGCUGCUUCCUGGUCCAGCCAGGAGCUGGGGUGGGGAGGGGGCAGUCAGCUCCACCUUCCUAUUUAGUCAUGAGGUCACUAGCUUCCUGUACCCGCCUCACUGGCCCCUGCUCACCUUCACAGGGCAGCCAGAACUCGCCUCCCCAGACACAAAUGUGACCUUGCUACCCUUCUGUCCUUGAGCUUGCUGUGGUUCCCUGCUCCUCUCUGCAUCGUUUCCGUCCCAACUCUUGCCCCACCAGCACUGCUGUGGAAGCAGCUGUCUUCAAGGAGGGAUGUGAGCUGUCAGUGUCCUAAUCAGAGCAAACAAAGGGGUCCUGAUAAGACAGGAGGCAGCCUGUUGACUGUUGUGGGUCCUUCACAAAAGGGGAGGGUGGGGAUUGGAAGAAUCAUCAGACCAGUCACCUGAGAUUCUAGCCACGCCCUGCCCCUCUCCCAUCCCCCAGCUAUGUGUAACUCUGCCCCUGGUACGCGUGUCUUGGGAGAUGCUGGCAUAAGUGGCGGGGGGAAGGGUUGACUGGGGUGAGGACUCCGUCUAUGUAGCUACGGGAACAUCUAUUCUGGGGUGUUUUUUUUUUUUUUUUCUGUGAAGCAGCUGCUUUGGGGUCUCCUAUGUCUCUGUAAGUAAGCCUAGUAGACUGAAAGGCUCACCAAGCUGGACUUGAGUGCACUUGAUGUCAUAUCUGGGAGAAGCACAGAAAAGCUUACACAACAAGCCUGGUGUCAGUGCUGUCCUUUGUGGAAACCUCGCAAGGAUCCUCUGGGGUCUCCUGGGGUCCCUGGUGUAAGCUCUUGGCUUACACCUUCGUAGACACUGUUCGUUGUGCCUCAUCUAGAUGUCAAACGUCCCUCAUCUUCAGGCUUCUCUUGAGCGUCUCUUGAGGGAGCUACUGCUUUCCUAAGGCACUCAAACUUCGCCAUUCCAUUCCUGAAGGAGAUAAAGGGGACAGCUCCUGACCUGUAUUCCUUCUUCCGGGCUAUCACCUGGCUUCCCAAUGAUAGGCUCAGGAUGGACAUAAAGAGCUACACAGCAGAGGCUGUUGGGCCUUGCCAUGACUAGCCUCACCAACUCAUGAGAUCCAGCAGCCCCGGCAGGAGAUCUCCCUCAGAUGAGAGGCACUACUCUCUACAGACAUCUCCGCCGGCACAGAGCCUCAGUUUCAGGGUUGACGGUGCAGUGGUGUUCAGAGCCCAUGUCAGAGAAGCGGAGACCCGGACCUAACUAAUGGAUAUCCUGCCCACAGUGCCUGCCUCAGGGCUCCUGCUCGCUGCUUAUUGGCUGUCUGGCCACACCGCAGGCCUGACCUAGCCAAUCAGGUUAUCGUUCAACCAAAAGUCCUGGGAGCAGGCUCUCGGGACAAGCAAGAAGAGAUGAGCCAAUCGAAAGGAAGUUCGGGCACCACAUUUUUUCCUGCCUGCCAGAGGUCAAAAGUCUUGCUUCCUUAUGUAUGAAACCCCAACAUCCCCUCCUGCCACGGGAUGCUGUCUGUCACCAGCCUCCUCUGUCUCAGCGAACAGAUGAGCCCGGAGCUCUGCACCCACAUUCUUGACUAUGUAUCCCAGGCAAGUGGGCAAACCUUUGGCGUCCUCUUACCUUAGCUCCCAAAUAGAAAAAUACAACCUAUUUCCACUGCAAAAGAGGUCUGGGAAGGAUUCGGGUCCCUCUCUUUUAAUGAUCUCUGUGUGCCAUCUUUGUAAUUAUUUCCUGGAAUGUUUUAAAACACGUCUACUUUUUUUUAAAUUAUGGUUUAAAUACAUGUAUUCACAGAUUUUCCUUCAUAUCGCUCCCGUGGCUGGAAAACCCAAUC